ACGGGAGCUAGUCCUGCUAUGGCAGCUGAACACCAAAAUGCUGACCCUGAUACCGCUACGGUCUGUGACAGAGACAGUCUUGCGAAUGAUUCGUUUCAGGACAGUUUUCAAACAAGGGUAUUUAAAAUAAUUGUCAUUGGUGACUCCAAUGUUGGAAAAACGUGCUUAACCUAUAGGUUCUGUGAAGCUAAAUUUCUUAAAAACCCAGAAGCCACAAUUGGAGUUGACUUCAGAGAGAAGACCCUUGAGCUGGGGGGAGAAAAUAUCAAGUUGCAGAUUUGGGACACAGCAGGACAGGAGCGAUUCAGAAAGAGUAUGGUGGAACAUUACUACCGCAGUGUGCAUGCUGUGAUCUUUGUGUAUGAUGUAAGCAACCUGGCCUCCUUCGAAAAUCUGCCCGAGUGGAUUGAGGAGUGUAGGCGCCACUCAGUCCCACUGAACGUGCCCCACAUCUUAGUAGGGAACAAAUGUGACUUAGGAAGAGGAGAGGUUCCCACCUCAUUGGCACAGCGACUAGCUGACAGCUAUAAUUUCCCCCUCUUUGAGACGUCUGCCAAGGACCCUGCUGAGAAGGAGCAUGUGGAUGCCAUUUUCCUCACCCUGGCCCACAAGCUGAAGAAUCACAAGCCCCUGAGGCUGAAACAGCCAAGUGGAAGCACUGCAACACCCCUGACCAGCGAGCAGGAAGAGAAGAAGCUCUGUUUCUGCUGAGAGACGGUGGCUUUGUGUAACUGCCUUGAAAUGAUGAUGAUGAUGAUGAAAUGGUAAGAUGGUCAGUCUAGAUUGGGAACUUUUUGCUGUUUUUAAUGGAACAGAAAGACAUAGAGGGCAAGCAUUAUUAACUGUGUGCAAUUACCAAAGAUGUUCCUUAUACUCGGAAAGCCAGUGUGAGUGUUUACCAAUAAAUCAGUGCAGUGAUUAGGAAGGAACAACAUGACAGCAUUAAUGAAGCAAACAAACAGUUGCAGAAAUUUUGCACAAGAAAACGAUCAAAUACUUACAUUUGAAUUACAUUAAAAUGCCUCAUGCAUUAGCAUGACAAAAAUAUAUUGUCAAAGCAUACAAUACUUAUUUUACAUCACCCUUAAGAUCUAGGGCUCAUCCAUUCUGAGCAACUUGAAUUGCAGUGUUUUUAAAAAUGUUGCUUUUCUUUUCAUGCUGUUUGUUGUCAUAUAGUGUUGUGCUAUUGUAUUUAAUUGUUUGCAGUAUUUCAGUUACGUUGUGCCUGAGCCAGAAUUCAGUGAUUUUCAAAGCGAUAUUUCAGGAGUAAGAAGGGAACCAACUGAUGGUGUUCAUUAUUCUUUGAUCACACACUAUACGUUAUAGAUAUUCGUAACACUUCAUAAUUCAUAAUCACUAUUUGACAUAAAUGUGCUGCAUCGAUUCAGAGGAACUUGAGAAAAUCUGUUCUGAUUAUCUUGCAUGAUUGAAACCAUCCUUACUGAGGAUUUUUUUUUUUUUGCACAAAUGCAGUGUUGCAUAGAGUUCAAAAUGAUAUCAGCCGAAGUUACAUAAACGGUGAAAUUUAGCUGCUUGAUUAUAAUUGUAUCAAUGAAUAGGACCAGCUUUUUCUGAUUAGUGUAAAGAAUGGCAGUGAAAUAUUCUCAAAGCUUGUACUUAACAUGAUUUGUAUCACACAGAGGGACGUAUCCAUUAACAACACUUAACUACCAGCAUGACAACUUGAUAUAUGUAACAACUUACUCGAAGCUCACACUAAUUUUACUGCUGGAAUGUUACAACCUGCGGGCAGGGACCAGCCCGAUGAAGGUACUAAUCCAGCCCACCAUGUGAAUUUAGAAACCCAGCUCUAAAUCAAAAUUGUCCUGUGCACUGUAGUUGAAUUGAUAGCAUUUAAAAAAGAGCUAGUUUCUGUUAUUCCUCUAGGGGGCAAAAUAGAGCAGUAAACUCGGGCCAUAAAAGUAUAACAGUUACUACAGCUCCAAUGGGCUAGCAUGUUAACAUGUGAUAGCACGUCUUGGUAGCGGAUGAUUCUAUGGGCUAUCUUCCUUAAUCCUAAACCUAACCUUAAUCCAUCCGAUAUGUGACACAUUUAGAGCUGGCUUUGGGCUGCAGAGAUACAUACUUGGAUUUCACAGCAGCAAGGAUACAAUGCAAUGCAAUGCAAUCACAACUAUAUUGAUUCCCCCCCCCACACACACACACUUCACUAGUAUCGUGUGUGUGUGUGUGUGUGUGUGUGUGUGUGUGUGUGUGUGUGUGUGUGUAUGCAUUACACAUAAUCCCAGCUCAAUUCAAGGUUGUACAUUUAUUUACAUUUAUUAUUCAUUUAGCAGACACUUUUAUCCAAAGUGACUUACAAAUGAGAAAAUACAAGCAUUUUGUAGCACUACAAAUUGUAGAAAAUUUCAAGGGGGUGAAUACUUUAUAUAUGGUAAAACCAUAUAUAAAGGGGGGGAACUGUAUAUAUGGUAUGAGCAUAAUUUUUCUUUUUUUUUUGCAAUGAAUUGCAGUGUGUUCGUGUGUUUUGUAAGUGAUAUACAUUCAAUCUGUUUGUGCGUUCAGUACCUUUCAGAUAAAUGAACACAUUUAAGAGGAGUUAUUGAUUAUAGUGUAAUGUGGCCCGUCACCUAAAAUGAGUUUGACACUCCUGCUUUAAAGGAUUUUUUUGCCUAAAUGAAGAAAGCCUUUGUCACAUAUACAAUACAAUGUUUUUUUUAUUAUUUUUAUUUUACAUCUGAUAUGUUCAGAGCUGUGUGAACCAAAAAUGUAAUAUUUUAAAGUCAGUUUUGAGCAGCUUUUUACCUUCUCACCCUAAUCAUGAACAGCUGAUAAGCUAUACCUCCAGAGCAAAUAAUCUUUCUGUUGAAGGCUUGUGAAGGAUUGCGUCUCAAAUACGAUGAUGUUUGUUGUUCAUGCACCUAUAUCAGGCACGUGCUAUUCUUGAGUUGAAGAGUGUACAUGCAGGUGGUUUCAGGGCACAGGUUUGUUCACAGUAAGAGAUGUAGGGCAUUUUAUAUAUAGGAUAGGAUAGGAUAUAGGAACCUUUAAGGCAGAAUGAUUGGAUCCCAACAUUAAGGCUUGUAAUGUGACUGCAGCCUUAGUCCUAAAAUCAUGCCCCUGUUGUUGCUGAUGUCAUUUUACAUAACUGUGACUACAUGACAAACCCCAUGUAAAUCAGUUUUUUUCUUUCAAAAUGGAAAUAAAACCAUCAGCACAUGGUCUCCUAGUUAAUGUGAAUGUAGGCCAUAGUAAUGAAUCAUCUCAUGUCACUGCACCUUUGAAUCUGCUAUGAAUGCGCAUGAGAACAAUAAACCCAUGAAUCUGAAUCCUGAGUGAGAGGGGGAAAGCUUCGGGAAUACAGUGAAAACAACCCAUUUUGUGUCAUUUUGAGGAUGUCUUCAAAAUACUCUAUGUUUUUGUGUAACCAUUGUUUGGGAUUCAUGUAAUAAACCAGUCAUGAAUGUCUUAGUGAAUAAAUUAAAUAAAUAAAAUAUACACUGCA